AUGAGUCGCUCAAAUCAUUGUUCAACAGGCUCUUUCAGACCCAUCUUUCCCACUGCUGCCUGCCGUCCGACCCACGUCAGCAGGGAGCACGAGAGGCCACGUGGGAUUGACUACAGCAAGUGGGAACACAUCGGAUCCAGCAGUGAUGAAGACGAAGAGGAGGAGGAGGAGGAGGAGGAGGAGGAGGAGGAGGAGGAGGAGGAGGAGGAGGAGUCACCGAAGGCGGACAGAGGCGCAAGAGGGAGCGCUGGUGGAAGGGAAACAGCCUCGAAUCCUGCCGGAACAUGUGCUUCUGGUGGCGGUGGCAGUGUCUCCAAGGGAAUCCAGGCCAUUCGAGAUGAGAUUUGGAAGAAGCGCAAGGAGAUGGUGAGAAGGUGGAAGUUUCUAGCAGAGGCAGUUGCUAGAGCAGGCAAGGCAGGAGGGUCCAACGGGCAGGGGGGAUUAGGGAGACAUGAGGCUCCUCAAGGAAUGAAAGUGCAGAAGGGGCAAGGUGAGGAGUCAGGUGGGAAGGUGCAGCUGGUUCCUCGGGCGGGCAUGGUGCACUAUCUGGACGUCAACGACGGCUGGGGAGGGGCUGAGUGCGAGAGCUGCUUGGAGCGUGCAGUGUGCUACCUGGCCCAGUGCAAGGUGUACUUCGCCAACGUCGCCCUCCUCCGAGCCGAAUUGCGCAAGGUGGAACUGCCCUCCGUUCCCUUGGCGCUGGGACUGCCAACAGGACUGCCGAGCGCAAUGGGAGUGUUUGGGGAGGAGGGGCAGAAGAAGGGGCAGGUUAAGGGCCAGGAGGGGCCUGACGUGCAGUGGUGCUGCAAGUGUGAGAUGGCGCCAUUGCUGUGUGCGGAAGCCAUGGUGACAGAGUGGAUGGCUGAGCCUCGUGUGGGUGUGCUCAUGGACCUGGGGAAGAUCAGAUCCCGCCUGCCUGCCAUCCUCGCUGCUACAGACGCUGCUACAGCUGUCCCUGCUACAGCUGUUGCUUCUUCCCCUGCUGCCCCCACUGCCUCUGCCUCUACUGCUUCUUCCCCUGCUGCCCCUGCUCCCCCUGCCGCUCUUGCUCCUGCUGCUGCUGCUGCUGCUGCUGCUGCUGCGUUUUCCUGCUGCUGGCGCUGCAGCAGCUGCUGGGCUGCCUACCGCCGUGCUGUCAGCUUCGCUGCCUUCCUCGUGCUUGUGGCGAGAUGGCCCCGUUUCGUGACUCUAUGGCAGGUGCGAAAAGAGUCGCAGCAGGUGGCCUACCCAGCGAUCCUGGCGGAGCUGGGGGCGGGCAGGCUGGCGGAGCAAGAUUGCUUUGCGUCCAUGCUGGUGCAGGUGCUGGGGGUGAAGGAGAGUGCUGACCUGCAGGAAGGGUUUGGCGUUCUCAUGCAGAAUCUGCUGACAGGCGGGCUGGAAAAGGCGCAUGCAGAGGAGAAGGGGAGAGGGGGAGCUGGUGGUGCAGCUUGGGGGGCCUAUUUGAGGAGGCUUAUUUGGGGUGCUGUUGGGGACAAGGGCGAGAAUGGUCUGAAAGGGCGUGUGUGGGAGAGGCUAGAGACGCGCAAGGGCGAGGACUGCUUCUGCAUCAAUGCCAGCAACCCACAGCAGACCCGCGUGGAGGCCGCUGCGAUUGAGGAGGCGAGGGAUAGAGUGAGACGUGCGGGGCUGGCAGGGGGGGUGAGUGAGAGAGCAGGAGGAGCAGGAGGGGCAGAAGGGGCAAAAGGAGCAGGGGGAGCAGGAGGGGCAGAAGAAACAAGAGGAGCAGGAGGAUUGGCGUCUGAUGCCACUGAGAUGCCUGUGAGCAGCACAGGGCUCGUGCCUGUCAACACCAACCCACCUGUUGCUGUUGUGACGUAUCAGGUUGGCUGUAUCUUGCAGUGGGCCCGAAUUUACGGCGCAAAUACUACCUUAGAGAAGAAUUGCUUCAAGGACAGCCCACAGGGCAAGGUCCUGCCCAUGCGUCAUCCACUUCGGGACCUACCGAGCCUGCUUCUCAGGUUCGGCGCCAUCCCUGAGCCUCUGGACGGCAGGAGCUUCUCCUUGGAGUGGGAGGAGUGGCCUCAGGGCGAGGAAGCUGCUCUGAAGCUUCUUGACGACCCCAGUGCAAGGUGCUUUGGCUUGGGGAUUCCGGAAACCGAUGGGAGGAGAGAGGAGAGUAUGGAAAGCCCCCCUGCCCAAUCAUCCAAGGCAGGAGGAAGGAGAGGACGAAGAAACAGAGGGCGUGGGGGAGGGCAGGGAGGCAUGAAGAACACGAGCGCUCUCACACGCACUCCCUCACCUCUCCCUACCACUAGCCACCGUCCCAUCGUUCGCUGUCUUGCAGACGUGGAGUGCAUUUUGGACUUCGCUGCGGCCAUGCUCACCCCACCCGACUGCUCCGAGUGCAAGAGGUGCAUCAAGCUCUACAUCUUCCACAUCCCCUUCGUCACCCUCAUUGCCAACUACGCCUACCGCCCCGCUAGUGUCCUGUUCUACCGCUUCCUCUCUGUCUUCCUGCCGCACUCCAAGGAGUUCAUCAACCUCGUCCGCAUGCUGGGCCUGGACCCCUUACCCAUGGGCGCCUCUCUGGAGGAAGAGAGGGAGAAUCUUGAGCGCGUGCGGGAACAGGCAGAGCGUGUGCCCGUGGCUCUGCUGCUCUGCAUUGCUCUGAGGUGGGCCCGCCCCGUUCUCGUCCCCGGCGGGUUUGAGAAGGACGGCACCCGGAGGCCAUUGGAGGCGCAAGGUUGGGUUGGAGGAGGGAGGUUUUGGAGCCCGGGCGGCUUUGGGUUUGGCGGGGGUGGUGUGGAGGAUUGCUGGGAUGAUGGCGAGGUGUGGGCGGAGGUGUGGUCGUGGUGCGGUGCGGCGAUGCUCGCUUGGCCGACUUAUGUGUCAGGGGGCAGUGAGACAUGCAGAGGCAGGCGGGAAGGGAAGGCGAGUGAGCCGUUUAGCCCCGAGGCGGUGGGGUGA